AAUCGGCGCGUUCGUUUGUUUGACAACUGCUGUGGUAAAUAAAAAAAUCUUCCUCUACAAAAAUCCACUAAAAAAGCAAUAAAUACCCCGAUUAUCGUCAAAUAGAGUUAGUAAGAAUAGAAAGUAGAUCGCGGAGGAUCUUUUGUGUGUGAAAAUUCGCAAAGAACUCCAUAAUUCGGUGAGAAGGAAAGGAGUAAGAAUUUGUACAACGGAAUUGAGGUUAAGUCCUUGGUGCCCCCUAAAAAUUCAUUCUUGGAGAGAAAAGUACCCGAGAUUCUGGGCUAAAAAUGGCAAAAGUUCACAUCACUAAUGUCGUUGUGUUGGACAACCCAAGCAGCUUCUUCAACCCCUUCCAAUUUGAACUGACCUUUGAGUGCAUUGAGGAGCUAAAGGAAGAUCUCGAAUGGAAGAUGAUCUACGUGGGUUCAGCUGAAUCUGAGGACUUUGAUCAAAUUCUCGACACAAUCUACGUGGGACCCGUCCCCGAGGGACGCCACAUAUUUGUCUUCCAAGCUGAUCCACCAGAUGUAACACGAAUCCCCGAGCAGGAUGCCGUUGGGGUGACAAUUGUCCUCCUGACGUGCUCCUACCGCGGGCAGGAAUUUGUCCGUGUUGGGUAUUUCAUCAAUAACGAGUAUGCCGACCCGGAAUUGCGAGAAAAUCCCCCACCGAAGCCACAAUUUGAGAAACUCACGCGGAAUAUUCUCGCAUCGAAACCUCGUGUGACGCGAUUCAAAAUUAAUUGGGACGAUGCAACGCAAAAUGGAGCAACAUCUCAUGGAGCCCUGGCGGAUGGGAAUAUGGAGCAGGAUAAUAUGGGAUGUUCAGUUUCGGGGACAAUGGAUGAGAAUAGCCUGGCAAUGCCUGUAGAUAACACCCAAUCCAAUGGCGUCAACGAAAACUCCAAUUCACUCGCCAUGAUGGAAUGCUGAAGAUCUCCUCCCCCCCCAGCUCGCUCCCCCUUGGCGCGUAACCCGCCCCCCAGUCUAGUUCUUAAUUAAUUUUGAUUUUUAAAAACUCCCUCAUUUCAUCGUCACGAGAAUUUCGCUGUAAAUAAAUUUUUUACACAUUCA